UCAACGCCGCUUAGAUCAUCUGUUCAAGAAAUGGCGAUCGUAUGGAGUCUCGUUCGUAAAAAAUAAAAGAAAAUGUGCCGUUUUUCGUAUUUUGAACGGACAACAGUGGUCUUUUAUUUUAACUGACUUAAGUUAUGCUUAAUACGUCCUUUGUGUAAAUUUGUUUGUGCGGAAAACGGUAAAUUGGUGAUAUUUUCGUGACUGUUUUGUGUCCUGUUCGUUACCUGUAGCAGAAUAGAGUUUUAUUCCAUCUAUUAAAAUGACCGGAUUUUACUGUGUUUUGCUUAUUGUCACCUGUUGUGCUUUUGUCAAGAUUGUAUCCGCUGCAGAACUCGUAAUCCACAUUCCAUGGAGUCUUGGUCAAGAGGGCGUGGUCUACCGACUGGAUUACUAUCCUCCUUUCGGACACCCCGCCCCCAACACCACCAUAGCCUCGAAAAAUAUACGCGAUGUCAUCAAAUUUUCGCACGCACUACCGGGGACGAAGUACGACUUUUGGCUGUACUAUUCGAACGCCACGCAUAACACUCUCACUUGGACAGCAAACUUUACCACAGUUCCAGAUCCACCUUCUGGCUUGUCUGUUUACGUUAGAAGCGGUAAACAGGCUGUAAUAUCUUGGUCUCCACCGGCAAAUGGCAGCUAUACCAGCUUUAAACUUAAGAUCAACCCUUUGGUACACAUACCAGAUGGAAAAGCGAUAACAAUUGAAAACGUAGAAAACACUCAGUAUACACUGAAGGAUCUAGUGCCAGGAGCAACCUACCAAGUCCAAGCCUUUACAGUAUUUGAAAACAAAGAAAGUGCAGCUUAUACUUCCAGAAAUUUUACUACGAAACCCAACACUCCUGGAAAGUUUAUCGUGUGGUUUAGGAACGAAACAACUUUACUGGUUCUGUGGCAGCCUCCGUAUCCGGCAGCUAUAUACACUCACUACAAAGUGUCUAUUGAUCCUCCAGAUGCCAACGAUUUUAUUUUAUACGUUGAAAAGGAGGGGGAACCACCCGGUCCAGCGCAGGCAGCUUUCAAAGGCUUGGUUCCAGGUCGAGCUUACAAUAUAUCAGUUCAAACAAUGUCCGAAGAUGAAAUUUCAACACCUACCACUGCUCAAUACAGAACCGUUCCUUUAAAACCUGGAAAAAUUACUUUCGACAAAGACAAAAUUACUACAAACUCAUUCGUUGUGCAUUGGGAGCCACCUAGUGGUAAAAGUGAAUUUGAUAAAUAUCAUAUAUCACUGGGAACCAUUCGAAAAUUACCGCCAUACCAUAGACUUCGAGAUGAACCGACAUUUUGGGAAUUUAAGGAUAACUUAGAGCCAGGAAAAACGUAUUCUGUGGUAGUUAAAACUGUGUCUGGAAAAGUCACUUCCUGGCCUGUAACUGCAGACGUUACUUUAGAACCAUUACCUGUGGGUCAGCUACAGUCCAUGUUAGAUGAUAAAACAGGAACAAUAAGUAUUUCUUGGAAACCAAAUCCAGAAAGUACCCAAGAUAGUUUCUUGGUUUCCUAUCAUGAAGUUGAAAGCACAAUAGGUGAUAGUAAUACAGUUAUGACAAACCAGACAAAAAUAGAACUAGAGGCCCUUUUCCCUGGAAGAAAUUAUUCUGUAACUGUUCAAGCCGUGUCGAAGGAAAUGAAAUCGAAAGAAGAAUCUAUAUAUGUCGUGACUAGACCCAGUGCUCCUAUAAUUGAAGAUUUGAAACCUAUGGUUGAUGGUUUAAAUAUUAGUUGGAAAUCAGAUGUCAAUUCCAAACAGGACAAAUAUGAAAUCGUUUGGAUCAGAAACGACACCAACGAUAGAGACUACAUGACUAUUUAUAACAACAAAAUAAUACUUAGUAAUUUGUAUCCUGGAGCUGGUUAUUUAGUAAAAAUUUAUGCCAUAUCCCACGAACUUAAGAGUGAGCCUCAUGAGUAUUUCCAACCAGUGUUUCCAAAACCACCUAGAAAUAUGACCAUAGAAAAAACGACGACAAACUCAGUUAUUGUUCAGUGGCAAGCACCUUUGGAUUCUCUUAUUACUGAGUAUUCGAUCAGAUAUAAAACGGGCAGUGAUAACCAGUGGGUUAGAUUGCCAGCUGUUCAAAAUACUGAAGCAGAAGUAACGGACAUGACUCCAGGAGAGAGGUACACCAUUCAAGUUAACACUGUCAGCUAUGGCUUAGAAAGUAAUGAACCACAACAAUUAAAUCACACAGUAAGACCAAAUCCAGUGUCAAAUAUUGCUCCACUAGUCGACUCCAAUAAUGUUACGUUAGAAUGGCCUCGCCCCGAAGGAAGAGUAGAAACUUACAUUGUAAGAUGGUGGGAGGCUACUACACCUUCUCAGGUUAACAAGAGCACAGUAAGUCAAAAUCAAAAUGGUACAGGCUUGGUUAGGUUACUGGUUGGGGAUCUGAUGCCAGGGGAAGAGUAUGUUUUUGACAUACAGGCAAUAUCCAACGACCUGGAAAGCGAUGUUACCGUUUUAAGGACGAGAACUAAGUCAUUGGUAGUGAACAAUCACCAGUCUACGGAUUCUAUAAGUUUAAGAUAUACUCCCACGCCACAAACUUCUUCAAAAUUCGACUUAUACAGGUUUUCUUUAUCUGAGACUAAUAUUCCCGAUCAGGAAAAAGCAGCCAAUGAUUCAGAGAGAUUAGUAACGUUUACUGGUUUAAUCCCAGGCAGAUUGUACAAUAUUACCGUUUGGACUGUGUCUCAAGGAGUAACUAGUCAACCGUUGCAAAGACAGGAUAGAUUGUGUCAAAUUAUCGUUGAACCGCAUGGAUUCAACUCACCAAGAGAAUUCUUAGUUACUCAGGGACCUUUACAUUCCACUAGAGAUGACUUUUGGCGUAUGGUUUGGGAAUCAAAUUCUCGCGCCGCUAUUAUGCUUGCUGGAUGUGUCGAAAAAGGUAGGGAAAAAUGUGAUCAUUACUGGCCCUAUGAUACCAUGCCAGUUUAUUAUGGAGACAUAUCAGUCCAGAUAUUAAAUGAGACCAGAUAUCCUGAUUGGAACAUAUCAGAAUUUAUGGUUUGCAGGGGUGAUCAGCAAAGAGUGGUACGACAUUUCCAUUUCAGUACUUGGCCUGAUUUCGGCGUACCGAGUCCUCCCCAUACGUUAGUUAGAUUUGUAAGAGCAUUCCGAGAAAGGGUACCUCCUGAUCAAAGACCUAUUGUGGUUCAUUGCAGCGCUGGCGUUGGAAGAUCCGGAACCUUCAUCUGCUUGGACCGUAUCGUCCAACAAAUUCAAACUUCCGAUUACGUAGAUAUUUUUGGAAUCGUGUACGCCAUGCGCAAAGAGCGCGUGUGGAUGGUGCAAACCGAGCAGCAGUACAUUUGCAUCCACCAGUGCCUGCUGGCAGUACUGGAAGGAAAAGAGAUGACGGGUCCGCCCAGAGAGAUACACGAAAAUCAGGGAUUCGAAGAUGACGAAGGUAUAGCUGAAUCAGGGAUGUGAUCUAAUCGCACCAGCCAAGUUUGUUAAGAGCCUACCAUUUUUUUUAUAUAUUUGACAUAUAUUCCAUAGAAACCUAUAUAAUGUCUUUUAAUACAACACACUUCAAUAUUUUUGACAGUAGAGCAUUAUAUAACUUCAUUAUCUCAUUUAGAUUAUACGUAGGAAUAUUUUUAAGAUUGCCAAAAUCUUAUAUAAUUUAUUGAAUAUUAGAAACAUUUCGUAUAUUUAGAAUGAAAUUUUCUAGAUAAUUAGUCGUUUUUUUAGAGAUUAUAGUAGAUACUCAUAUAGAUAUGUUUCAAGUCUGUUAUUAUAUUAACUCACAAUACUAUUACCAUAAACUUUUACUCUACUUACUUUACAUACCGGGUACGUCUCAAAAGUGGCUCACCCCUGUAACUUUUUUAUUUUUUCAGAUAAAACACCGAGAUUUGGUAUGUUAGAAUAUGCAAUAAAUUGGG